GUUCAGAUGUUGCCUGGGUGAUGUGCUGACGCUCUGUCAGGAAGCUUGACGAAGAAAUCCACCUCUUUCAACGCGACUAAUAUCAAAAUAAACAAACGAUACUUACAAUGGCGACAGUCUUCGAUGCUCUGUGGGAAGAUAGAGAUGUCAGAUUUGACAUUUCACCGCAGUACAUUGUACUAGUUAUAGCCAGCAGAACACAGAAACAGUGCAUCAUUAUAAUAAUCCUCCAUAAAUGUUUACUCCCCCGCUAAAGAGAUUAUCAUUGCAUUAUAAGUAUGCAUGCAUCAAUUUGUUCAGUUGGAAGCAUAGGCUAGCGCAUGUUAUGGGUAUACAUUAAUCCGGGUUAAAACUUUUCUCUGAAAAUUAAAUUGUUUUUCCGAAAUUCGCUGUCUUUCGUCUCUUACAAAUGAUGUAGACAGUUUGCACAUCACGACUAGUACAAGUCUAUUUUGGGGCCUGUUUCCUAUCCACAUUCAAAUGAAAACUAGCCCUGGAGAAGUUCUUAUUGAUUGCCUGGAUUCCAUUGAAGAUACCAAAGGAAAUAAUGGCGAUCGAGGCAAGUUUUCUCAAUUGCUGUUAUCCUCCGUAGUAAACAGGCUUUUGAACAGUGAACGAUACCAGCAAAAGUUGCAAUUUCAGUUUGCACGAGCCCAGGCGUGGCAGUUGAAGAAUUCGUUUUUUAUGCCACAAAUGUAAAAUUUGUAAACUUGGAAGGUAAAAAAAAAAAAAAAAAAAAGUACAAAUAAUGUUUUGCAGGCAUCCUUGUGACCAAUUUGAGAAUGAUCUGGCAUUCACUGGCUUUGCCACGAGUCAACCUGUAGCAUAUGAAACAUCUAAAAUGUACCGGGACUUGAAACUAAGAGGGGCACUGAUUCAGAACAAGCAACUUCGGCUUUUGCCUCAGGAGCAAGUGUAUGAUAAAAUUAAUGGAGUUUGGAAUCUAUCCAGUGACCAGGGUAAUUUGGGAACAUUCUUUAUUACCAAUGUACAAAUAGUAUGGCAUGCCAACAUGAAUGACAGCUUUAAUGUCAGCAUACCCUACCUACAAAUUCGCUCAAUCAAGAUCAGGGAUUCAAAGUUUGGACUGUCUCUGGUAAUAGAAAGUUCCCAGCAGAGUGGAGGAUAUGUGCUUGGCUUUAAGAUAGACCCGCUUGAAAAACUGCAGGAUGCUGUGAAAGAAAUCAAUUCACUGCACAGAGUUUACUCAACAAGUCUUAUCUUUGGAGUGGAUUAUGAAAUGGAAGAAAAGCCUCAGCCACUUGAAGAGCUGACAGUGGAACAGGCUCAGGAUGAUGUUGAAAUAGAGCCUGAUGAGCAGACUGAUGCUUUUGUGGCUUACUUUGCUGAUGGCAGCAAGCAACAAGAUCGCGAGCCUGUGUUUUCGGAAGAACUGGAACUUGCAAUAGAAAAACUGAAAGAUGGCUUUACUCUUCAGGGUCUCUGGGAAGUCGUGGGUUAAUCUUUAAGUGAAGUCACUG